UAAUCUCAUGUUUUGUCCACAGAAACCAACAGGAGAGAUCAGAGUCAGAGAUUCUCAGUGGUCAGUCUUCCCAGAGUCAUCAAACAGACCUGGCCUCCAUAUUCAGUAUGCUUGAAGAGAAAAUUAUGACAUUUGUGAAGAACGAGCUGAAGAUGUUCAGAAGGAUUCUUAGUCCAGAACUCCCAGAAGGCUUUGAGAGUCAGAUGCAGGAUAAGGAAGUGGUGGAUGCUGAAGAUGAGAAGCAGGAGAGCAGUGCCAGAGAGGGGGCUCUGAAGAUCACACUGCACAUCCUGAGGAAAAUGAACCAGAAGGAGCUUGCUGACACACUGGAGAAAUAUUCAGAUGAGCUUGCUGUGAUUUGCCAACGUGAACUCAAAUCUAAUCUAAAGAAGAAGUUUCAAUGUGUAUUUGAGGGGAUCGCUAAACAAGGAAACCCAACACUUCUCAAUAAGAUCUACACAGAGCUCUACAUCACAGAGGGUGGAACAGGAGAGGUCAAUAAUGAACAUGAGCUGAGACAGAUUGAGACAACAACCAGGAAACAAGCAAGACCAGAGACUGCAAUCAAAUGUAACGACAUCUUCAAACCCUUAACUGGACAAGACAAACUUAUCAGAACUGUGCUGACAAAGGGAGUCGCUGGCAUUGGAAAAACAGUCUCUGUGCAGAAGUUCAUUCUGGACUGGGCUGAAGGAAAAGCAAAUCAGGAUGUCCAAUUCGUAUUUUCAUUCCCUUUUCGGGAGUUGAAUUUGAUGAAAGAGGACAAACACACUUUCAUUGAACUUCUUAAUCACUUCUCAAUGGAAACCAAACAAUCAGGAAUCUCCAUCUACAACAAGUACAAAGUUCUGUUCAUCUUUGAUGGUCUGGAUGAGUGCCGACUGCCCCUAGACUUCCAGAAGAACAAGAUCUGUUGGGACGUCACAGAGUCAACCUCAGUGGAUGUUCUGCUGACAAAUCUCAUCAAGGGAAAUCUGCUUCCCUCUGCUCUCCUCUGGAUAACUACCCGACCUGCAGCAGCCAAUAAGAUCCCUUCAGGGUGUGUUGACCAGGUGACAGAGGUACGAGGGUUCAAUGACACGGAGAAGGAGGAGUACUUCAGGAAGAGAUUCAGGAUGAGGACCUGGCCAGCAGAAUCAUCUCACACAUAA